AUGGCCGGUCAUAUAAAGCCACUUCUUUUGCACGCUCAUUCUUCGGGCCCAAACCCGGUGAAGGUAGCCAUUGCGCUUGAGGCUCUCCACGUCCCGUACACAGUGAAGCAGUGGGACUUUUCAGAUAACCCAAAUACUGGGGUGAAAGGCGCAAAGUUUCUCAAAGUCAACGAGAAUGGACGCGUUCCUGCAAUCGAAGACCCCAAUACAGGUGUUGUCGCGUGGGAAUCGGGGGCUUGCAUGAACUAUAUCCGCCGCGUGUAUGACAAAGGCAAUAUAAUCGGCCCUUCUGGAGAUUCCGCGCAAGACCUCGUGGACUUUGAGAAAUGGGAGUACUUUUUGUUGUCAACUCUGGGUCCGAUGAUGGGGCAGACAAAUUGGUUCAAGCACUUCAACGCCCAGAAAAAUAAUGACGCGCUCGAAAGAUACACAGCUCAGUCGUAUCGAUGCUAUGAUGUUCUCGAAGGACAGUUGAAGAGGACUCGCGGGGAAAGCAUCCUUCCCGGCCGUGUCACUGCCGUCGAUUAUCAUUUUGAGCCUUGGAUACGCGGUUAUUCCUUUGCCGGUCUUUCUCUUUAUAAGCAUCCUUUGAUCUUAAAGUGGCUUGGUCUCAUGGAGACACGAGAAGAGGUCAAGGAAGCAUACCACAAAGUGAGAGGCUAG